CGUAAUAAUAGUAAUAGUAGUUGUACGCGCCGUAUAAGCAACAACAACAACAAUAACAGCAGCAGCCGCAAAGACAGCCUCGUAAUCGUCGACUGUGCCAGUGGUAGUGUUUUACUGAGGUCGGCCAGCAGCAGCGGCGGUGCAGGCAGCAGUCACUGCAGGCGUUACUACAAUACGACGGCUCGCGAAUACACGACCGAUUAUCAUCGUUGUUACAAUUCACCUGCUCGUGAUUUUAAUAGCUGCUGUUGUUGCGACGCCGCAAUGACCACGACGACCAUGGAGGGCUCCCUCAGCAAGUGGACCAAUGUCGUCAAUGGCUGGCAGUAUCGAUGGUUCGUGCUCGAUGACAAUGCCGGCCUCUUGUCUUACUAUACAAGCAAGGAGAAGAUGAAGCGCGGGGCUCGGCGGGGCUGCGUGCGUCUCAAGGGCGCCGUGAUCGGCAUCGACGACGAGGACGACAGCACGUUCACCAUCACCACGUCGUCGAGCAAGGACGAUCCCAAAACCUUCCAUUUCCAGACGAGAAACGGCGAGGAGCGAGAGCGAUGGGUCAGGGGACUCGAGGACACGAUAUUGCGACAUUCCCACGCGCGUUGGGAUCCCCGCAAACCACCACCGAAGCACGAUUUCGAUCGGAAAGUCGCCGAAGCCGACGCUUAUCUGCAGUUGCUCAUCGACCAGAUCAAGGUAUUGGAGCAGAAGCAGAGCUCCCUGGUCAACGACAGUAACAACGACGACUCCGCCGCCGUCGCCGAGACCGAGGAUAAGGGAAAGCGAUACGCGGAGAUACUGAGCCAGGCCAACGCGAUGCUCAACGCCGUGAAACACGCCAUUGUGCAGCUACAAAUUGCUAAGGCACGUUGGGAACUAGAACACGACGAAAUCAAUUGUCCCUAUCGAAACACUGCCAUUCCAGUAAACGGUAUCUAUCGGGGACCAACUGAACCUGCUCCUGUCACACCCACACUAAAACAUGUCGCAGCCAGGGAGCCCGACGCUGCGGUUCAAACUGGCAUCGAGCUGGGCUCCGAAUGCACGGAGCCUCGAGGCAACGCGGCCAACGCGACCACGAGGAAUCUUCCAGUACCCGAGUAUUCGUAUUCUUCCUCGGACGAAGAUGAGGAUUACUUCGACGCCGCCGACGAGAUAUCGCCGACCCAAACCACGCCGUCGCAGACGCAAACGAAACGACGAGAGCCCGUCGAGAGAGUGCCGUCCUCGGAGAGCAAUACCGCCGCAGCGGACAGUAGUCGUCCAAAGGCCGCCCCAGCACCACCGCCCAUCAAGCAUGACGGAUCGAUAGAUUACGACGCAAUGUACGAGGAGGAGAGCGACGGAGAGCUGGACUCGAUGGAGAGUCACGGCUCGGUGGUGACGCAUCUCCUGUCGCAAGUGAAAAUUGGCAUGGACCUGACGAAGGUCGCCCUGCCGACUUUCAUACUGGAGAGGCGCUCGCUCUUAGAAAUGUACGCGGACUAUUUCGCUCAUCCCGACCAAUUCGUUAGUAUCGCCGACAUGACGUCACCGCGAGAGCGCAUGGUCCAAGUGUGCAAGUGGUACCUGUGCAGCUUCCACGCCGGCCGACGCUCCGGCGUCGCCAAGAAGCCCUACAACCCGGUGCUCGGCGAGAUAUUCCGCUGUUUCUGGGAAUUACCGGGAGCAUCGGGUGCUAAAGAAUCAUCCUCCUCGAGCGGCACGGCGUCCACGCAGCAGCCCGCAGCCGUCCCCGCCGAGGUCGAGGACGGCCCGGUACCGUGGUGCAACGAGAACCAAUUGGCGUUCGUCGCCGAGCAAGUCUCGCAUCAUCCUCCGGUGAGCGCCUUCUACGCCGAGCACAAAGCCAAGCGCAUCAGCUUCGGCGCCCACGUCUGGACGAAGAGCAAGUUCCUCGGUCUGUCGAUCGGCGUGCACAACGUCGGCAAGGGCACGGUCCGUCUGCACGCCCACGACGAGGAGUACGUGCUCACCUUUCCCAACGGCUACGCGCGCUCCAUCCUCACUGUGCCCUGGAUCGAGCUCGGGGGCGCCACGAGCAUCGUCUGCGCCCAGACCGGCUACCAGGCCAGCGUCGACUUCCUCACCAAGCCGUUCUACGGCGGCAAGAAGAACAGGAUCACGUGCUCUGUCACGGGGCCACAAGACAAGAAGCCCUUCCUCGUCAUCAACGGCGACUGGAACGGCGCCAUGGAGGCCAAAUGGGCCGACGGGCGGACCGAAGUAUUCGCCGACGUGCGAGAGCAAAAGGUCGAGCGCAAACUGGUCAAGCCGAUGAGCGAGCAGGAGGACGACGAGUCGCGCAAGGUCUGGCGCGAGGUCACCAUGGGUCUCAGGAUCAACGACAUGGACAAAGCAACGGCGGCCAAGAUCGCCAUCGAGCAGAAGCAGCGCGACGACGUGCGCUACCGCAAGGAUAACAACAUCGCUUGGCACACGAAGCUCUUCAAAGAAACCAAAGACGGCGGAUGGGAUUACAUUUCUCCGUUGGAGAAUAGAUUGAGCAGCGACGGCGGCAGCAGCGUGCCCGCGCCGGUGGAUACAGGAGCAAACACUUCCGCCAACUCGAGCACAUGAUAAGAAAAAACUAGCCACGUCACCACUCACGUUUUUUUUUUAAUGUACAGCACUUUAAAAACUUGCGAUUUGUAUAAUGUUAAUUAUAGUUUUCUAAUUUUUAUGCAUAUAGUAAGUGGAUGAAAAAAACAAUUUUUUAGAAUCGAGGUUCCCUUCAUUGUUUAAAGAUGAUAGUUCGAUUUUUUUAGCAUUUUUUAUUCAAUCGAUUAUUGUAUUUAUAUUUGGUUGAGAAAUCUUUUAGUUCUAAAAAAGUUAAGUGCAAAUAUAUCAAGUAUUUUCCAUGCGUCUAAUUAGAACCUUAAAGUAUAAUUUAAUAUACUGAAAUAUUUUGAUGUACAUAUGAUACAUAUUUUUUAUGAGUAAAUUGUUCUAUUAGUAUAAUUCAAGUAGUGUAAUUAAAAUGUUAAACAUAAAUUCGUAAAUUUUACGAUUCUAUUAUCGAAGAAUACUGUAAUAAUAUUCUUCUUUUCUUUAUAUGCUUUUUAUAAAAGUUGUACAUUAUUAACUUUAAUUUUAAUGCUUUUGAAUUGGGGUGUUCAAAGUACUGGCUUAGGGAAAACGACAAUUUAAAAAUGUACGAGCAUAAGUUUGAAUCGUGGCACAAAUCAUUUUAUUCAGUAAUCAAUGCAACAGUAAAUUUUGAGAUAAUUCUGGUUGUAGCAUUUAAAACUAUUGUAUUAAGCGUAUAGUGCGCUCAUAUUGUAAAUCAACGAACAAAUAAAGUAGAUUUAAUAUUAAAUCGUAGUUAUUCAGGAGAGUUAUACAUGUAAAUUUCAGAAACUGCUUUUAAGUCUCUCAUUCAAUUUUGUAUAUAUUCUCGUUGAAUUGUCUAUUACGAUCAUUCUACUGAUUGCUGCGUUUUCAUGUAAAUGUAUUAUUUACUGAUUGAUCAGAUUCAAUCCUUCACUGUUAUACUCAAACUGAAAAUUUAUGAAAACAAUACUGAAUAAAUAAACACUGAAAUUAAAUAAGUAAAAACAAAAAUAAAAUGAAGCGCAAAAUUCAGUUAUGCUUGUAACUAUCUAUUAGUUAUAUACUACCAUAUGAAUAUUCAUAUUUACUCAAGGAAACACGCUGAAAAAUGCUCAAAAAACUUAUAAAUAUACGAAAGGCAACAAGUUCGGAUCCUAUUGAAUUAAAAAUUGUAUUGAAAACUUGAAUAAAAGGACAAUAUAGCCGAUCUGAACAAACGGGAAUGCGGUGCACUACGGUUGUAGAUUACGAAUCUAUUUAAGUGACCUUUAAUUAAAUAAAGAAAAUAAGGACAGUUGUCUUAAACAUUUUCAAUACUUCUUCCAAUUUCAUGACAAAGAGUGCAAAAAAAGGCCAAUUACUCGAAAAGAAAAUAUAGCAGAAAAGAUGAAAACAUUACUAUUGAAUACUAAUGUGUGUAAAUACCUCUUGAAGAGGGAUAGGAAUCGAAAGAUUAAAUUUUAAUGCUCAAAGUAGAGAGAUGGAAAAUUUGUGUUUACUCUUAAAAUUCUUACCUGUGAAAUUUACACUUUGUACAUUUUUAGCAUUUUAUAAUACGAGAAAUUAUGUUUUAAGUACCUUUUUUACAUUAUUCUUCAUACCUAAAUUUCUUUACACCACAAAAUCAAUAUAUCAGACAUUGAAUGUACAGCUUCAACUCUGUGGCGGUUUUAUUACAAAAUCCUAAUGCACUCCAAAUUUCAUAAUGAUUAAAUCAUUUUUAUGAAGCCACAAAAACUCGAAACAUAAAAUUAAAGUAAAAUGUUUCAAAAAUGAAGUAAUAUGCACUAAAUAGUUAAAAAUUAAUGAUUUAUAUGAAUUUUGCACUGAUAAUUAGAAAGACCCAAAUAUUUUAUGUUUUAAGAAGUGAAAAAAUAAUAUCUGAAAAGUAUAUUGAAUUACAAUAAAAAUGACAACAAAAAUCAAGUUUCUUAUAAAUACUGUAUGUUAGUGAUAUUGGCCUAGAAUAGAUUAUACAAGAUUUAGAUGACAUAUAAAGCUGUAAAAAUAGAAUUUGAUUAUAAAUAUUUAAUAAUGUUACUUAGAAUCGAUGCGUUGUAUGUGAUGUUUUGCAAAAAUAAAUGACUAAAAAUAGUUGAGAAAACCA